CUGUGCUGUUUGACCUCCACCAGAUCCUAUUCUGUGUCACUGAACUUCCUGAUUUGUGUCUGCGUUUAUACUACUGUUGCAUUCCUUCCACUUUACUCCCCUCUUCAUCGUCUGUCUCAACCCUGGUGGCAGCGGAGGGAUGCCCAAGAAGUUUCAGGGAGAAAACAGUAAAUCAGCAGCUGCCAGGGCUCGGAAAGCAGAGCAGAAGGCAGCAGCAGACGCUAAGCGACAACAGGAGCUCGAAGACGCCUACUGGAAAGAUGAUGACAAACAUGUGGCGAGGAAGGAGCAGCGGAAGAUGGAAAAGGAGAAGAAGCGAGUGGAACAGCUGGAACGCAAGAAAGAGAUCCAGCGACUGCUAGAGGAGGAGGGAAGCAGCAUGAAACCUAAAUCGACCAAACCAAUCACAGCGCCCAAGAUAACCCGGGCCCAGAUUGAGGAGACCAUUAAAAAGGACAAUGUGGGGCAAAGCACAGAGGAAGCAAAAGUGAAACAGAUGAGCCAUUUAGACAUGCCAUUGGAGGAGAAUAUUAAUCGCAUUGUACCCAACGAGGGAGAUGUAGAUGCCAGGACCAUUGAAGAUGCCAUAGCUGCCCUGAGCACGGGUCAGAGUGUGGAUCAUCACCCCGAGCGACGGUUGCGAGCUGCCUUCAAUGCCUACGAAGAGGUAAAUUUGCCACGGCUGAAAAAGGAGAAUCCUAACAUGCGCUUGUCUCAGCUCAAGCAGAUGCUAAAGAAGGAGUGGAUGAAAUCGCCUGAGAACCCCAUGAAUCAGCUGCAUGGAGCCUACAACACCAAGUCAUAAGCCCGAGAGGAAAUCUCUUGUGAACUUGAACCUAAACGUGAACAUUGACCCAGUGGCGUGAAUGUGAUAGCAAUUGGGUUUCUUCAUUUUUAAAAAAAAAUGCAAACAGCAUAAAAUAAAAGGAACUGCAUCACUGUC